AUGGCGUCUCUUACUUCCGCAUCUAGGCUAUGCCUGCGCUCUGCCGCCAAGCCGGCCAUGCCCGCGGUGCGCGCUCUCAGCACCACCGCCAUGCGAUCGGACAGCGCGGCUUCCUCCUACCAAAGCCCUUUCAAGAUGGGAUCCGACAAGGGCAGCUCGAUCCCGGACUUCGGAAAGUACAUGUCCAAGAAGGGCGAGGGCAACAACAAGCUCUUUUCCUACUUCAUGGUCGGUACCAUGGGUGCCCUAUCUGCUGCUGGAGCCAAGAGCACUGUUCAGGAAUUCCUUGUCAACAUGUCCGCUUCCGCUGAUGUCUUGGCCAUGGCCAAGGUCGAGGUGGACCUGAACGCCAUUCCCGAAGGCAAGAACGUCAUUAUCAAGUGGCGUGGCAAGCCCGUCUUCAUCCGACACCGAACUCAGGACGAAAUCGACCAGGCCAACAAGGUCAACGUCGCUAGCUUGCGAGACCCCCAGACCGAUGAUGAGCGUGUCAAACAGCCCGAGUGGCUUGUGAUGUUGGGUGUUUGCACCCACCUGGGUUGUGUGCCCAUCGGUGAGGCCGGCGAUUUCGGCGGCUGGUUCUGCCCCUGCCACGGCUCCCACUACGAUAUCUCUGGCCGGAUAAGAAAGGGCCCUGCGCCCCUAAACCUCGAGAUCCCCGAAUACGACUUCCCCGAGGAAGGCAAGCUGGUCGUCGGUUAA